AUGAGGUCAUAUGCACCAAUAGUUCACCCCAUCCCUUCUUUGGAUCAGUGGGUUAAGGGUGGCUUGCCUCCAAUUAGACCUCCAUUUCAUAAGCGUCAACCAGGAAGACCCAAGAGAGUGAGGACAAAGGAGGCUGCUGAGGUUCAACUACCAGCCCCAAACCCACCAAACCCUUUGCCUCCAGGUUACACUACUCCAGUAGCAAAACUUAGAAGACUCUUCAUUAAAAUUAGAUGUGGAGCAUGUGGAAAAGAAGGCCACAAUCAAAGAGGAUGUGGAAGACAGGCUGAGGCAGCCCAAAAUGGGCAUGUUGGCCAAAAUGAAGUUCAAGCAGCUGACAAUGGAAAUGCAGGCCAAAAUGAUAUUGCCCCAGCCCAAACUAAUGCUGCCCCGGCCCAAACUGACACUGCCCCAAUCCAAAAAAAAGCUGCCCCAACUCAAACUUACACUGCCCCAGCCCAAAUUAAUAGGGGCAGAGGAAGAGGAAGAGGAAGAGGAAGAGGAAGAGGCUUAUGGAAUCCAGCUGCAAGGAUGUCAUCUUCACAACCAGUUAGUUGCCUAUUAUUCUUGCACAACUAA